CCUAAACUCCCACUCCAUCAUAGCCACCUUCAAGUCUACUUUUGAGGCACGGAGGAAAUAUCCUACAGUUGCCACCAAUGGCAAACAUGUACGCCUCCAGUUGGUCACGGCAUCGGACAUCAGCCUCGUUUCCAAACACACUUGGCAGAUUGAACGGCCUCCGACGAUCACCUCGGACAAAAAGGCUAUGAAUAUUUCGGGCGGAUUCCUCCGGCUCACGGGUGAGCUCGAAUGUGACAUCUCCUUUGAUGGCACCGAAUUCAAGGGAACAUGCUACCUUACCAACCGACCGAAGCUUGACUUAAUUAGCUUUGACGGGAUCGAGAAAGUUGGUCUCUUAGAACUGCCACUUAACCGCAUUUGCAAUGGCCAGACGCUGCCUGCAAAGGACUACAGGACUAAUCAGGAAAAGUGGACGAUUGAACGUGUUCGCCGAAAGUGUCGGGUCGGCUCCGAUAUUUGGGUGCGGCACGCCAGCCAGUUGAAACACACUGAAUGUGCUGAGAUGCCAAAACCAAGCCCAACCCUAUCACAACACACAUUCGACCUGCCAAAACCAAUACAAGAAACUACAGUUCCAGUUGUCAGUCAGUCUCCCCAAACCUCUACACGAUCAGGUCGGAAAAAAUGCAAACGGUUCCGUUGCAAGUGA